AACACGGAAGUUCUGUUUUCAACAUUAGCCAGAUGUAGCAGAGAGGAUCACAGCGGCAUUAAAAUGAUUUACAGCCCUCCAUUCAUCUUUACACAGAUCACAAGACAGAAGAUACACACCAUCUAAUGUGGACUCACCGUUUCCAGCGAUUUAGCAAGUAUUUCUUUCCUGGAAAAAGGGAAGCACUUGAAUGAAUUAGUUCUAAUGAGUCAGAGGAUGUUGACUGGGACAAUUAAAGUACAUUUAGCUACUGUAAAAUUGCAUUUUAAUAUGUGAACAACAUGGACAAAGUAGUAAUUAUUUCUGUUUCAUUAAAUUAGUGAGCUUGUAGUUGCAUUCAGUUGAUUUAACUAUAAAGGACAGAUAGAUAGAUCCCUCAAAAAUGGAUGAAGUGCUUAUGGAUCAGAUCAUGUAUGUUGUUCAUCAAACGGUGUCUUGGAUCGCAUCUGCUGCCAUCAUAUUUGGAGGAGUUGUGCCAUACAUCCCUCAGUACAGGGAUAUCCGCAGGACUCAGAAUGCUGAAGGAUUCUCCACAUAUGUUUGCCUGGUGCUGCUGGUUGCCAACAUAUUAAGAAUACUGUUUAGGUUUGGACGUUACUUUGAGACUCCGCUGCUUUGGCAGAGUAUAAUCAUGAUCAUCACAAUGUUAAUCAUGCUGAACCUGUGCACCAACGUCCGCAUGGUCACUGAACUCAACACCAAACGCCGCUCGUUCACAGCAACAGACAGUAAGGACGAAGAUAUCAAAGUUCCUAAGAGGCUGUUUCUGGACUUUGACUGGAGCCACUUCUGGUUUUGGAGUCAUUUUGUGGAUUACCUGCAGUGUGUGCUGGCGUUCACCGUGCUGGCCACCUACGUAACGUACCUGCUUCUGGAAUCGGUUCUGUUCGUAGAGACCCUGGGUUUCCUUGCUGUGUUCACAGAGGCCAUGCUGGGAACACCACAGCUUUAUUGCAACUACCAGAACAAAUCUACUGAAGGAAUGAGCAUUAAGAUGGUGUUGAUGUGGACCAGUGGAGACACUUUCAAGACAGGCUACUUCCUGUUGACUCAGGCUCCCAUGCAGUUCUGGAUCUGCGGCCUCCUUCAGGUGUGCGUGGACGUCGCUAUUCUUUUCCAAGUGUACUAUUACAGCCUCUACCCACAGAAACCCUCACACACCACACACACCACCAGCGCCAAGGCCCUAUGAAGUCCUGCAUGUGCUCAAAUCUAUAUUACAAUGUAUAUGCAUACAUACAAGAUCUUUGUACAGGCUCCCCUAAAAGUAUUUGGGUACUUAAGUCACACUUAAAUAUGUUUGAAUGUCCUUGCAUUAGAAUAUUAAAACAUCAAACUAUGAUGCUAAAGCUUUUCUCACAAUUUAUCUUCUCAUAAAAUCAAUAGCACCUUUUUUAAAAAAAAUAUAUAUUUUAUGCAAUGAAAUGACAUUCAUACAGUUAGUGUUGCUUAAGUGUUCUGAUUAUUUUUGGUGCUACUGUAAAACUAUUAGUAGAACCAACCUUUACAUGCAAUAUCAUAAAGACAUGCAGUUGUAUUUACACACCAGCCCAUGCUGAUGAAAACUUUUGCCUUACAGACUUUCGGAAUAACCAGAAAUGCAUCUGACGUUAGAUGGAUGAAUGUACAAAGCUUUUGUUAUAAGAGAUUGAUACAGUUAGUGUAGUUUUAUUUGGAUAAGGUUUUACCUCAGUAUGCAGUGAAGGCCAAAUGAAGAUCACAGGAAGUCUCUAUUUGAACCAAAAAAAACCCCACUUAAUAGUAGGUGACAGUCCUCAUUCAAUUCACAAAUCUACAAGACUUGAUGAAAUGUAUCCCCCCAAAUGUUAUUUUUAGAGUCAAAGAUCAUUUGCGUGCAAUCAUUUUAGUUACCAUGACAAAUUAGGAAAAUACCAGAUUCAUAUCCUGACCUUUGAUCCUCUAAAGACUUUAACAAUGUAUUUGUGGCAUUUUGGGGGUUAAUUUUAAUUAAAAAAUUUUUUGUGUGUUUCUUCAAGUCAGUCAUUUUCCAGUAAUUUUUUUUUCUUAUUAUUAUGUUUUGCUAAUGCUUAAAAAAGCUUUUUUCCCCAGUUUUGUCUGACUUGAAAAUUACAAAAAUACUUGUAGGCAAAUACUUUUUUAAGAACAUUAUUAUUUUGCAGAUUAGUACUGGUUCAGUAGUUAUAUUCCAGAAUGUCACACGCUUUUGUUAUAAGUGAGAUGCUGCUUAUAAAUGUUAUAUAGUUAAACGGGUUUCAUUGUUUAAUAGGGAAUAGUACACAAUUCAUGGCCUUUUGGCGUGAUGUUUCCACUCUUGCUUUGUCCAAAUGUCAUGACAUUAUUUUUUGUCCAGAUUCAUUAAUCACACAAAAAAACCAUGAAAAAAAUAUCUAUGAUAAACUU